UUCCUGUAGGAAGCAUUAUGCACUAGCAGACGUCGGAGUGAAUACUUGUUUUACUUUUUUUUUUUUUUUUUUAUCAAAUCUAGCCUCACAGGGAUUUACCAUUUGUUUACAAGAUGUCUCGAGGCUCCAUAGAGAUCCCUUUACGGGACACAGAUGAGGUUAUUGAGCUGGACUUUGACCAGCUGCCUGAAGGAGACGAGGUCAUCAGUAUCUUGAAGCAGGAACACACACAGCUGCACAUUUGGAUUGCUUUGGCAUUGGAAUAUUACAAACAAGGCAAAACAGAAGAUUUUGUCAAGCUUCUGGAGGCAGCACGUAUUGAUGGAAACCUUGACUACAGAGACCAUGAGAAGGACCAGAUGACCUGUCUGGACACACUGGCAGCUUACUAUGUUCAGCAAGCACGUAAAGAGAAAAACAAAGAUGCCAAGAAAGAGCUCAUUACGCAGGCCACUCUGCUGUAUACUAUGGCAGACAAGAUCAUUAUGUAUGAUCAGAACCACUUGCUGGGAAGAGCCUGCUUCUGCCUGCUUGAAGGAGACAAGAUGGACCAGGCUGAUGCCCAGUUUCACUUUGUCCUCAACCAAUCUACCAAUAACAUCCCUGCUCUGCUCGGCAAGGCAUGCAUCUCUUUCAAUAAGAAGGAUUACAGAGGAGCACUGGCAUACUACAAGAAAGCUUUACGUACAAACCCUGGCUGCCCAGCUGAGGUAAGACUGGGAAUGGGCCACUGUUUUGUAAAACUCAACAAACUGGAGAAGGCUCGCUUAGCAUUCGGUCGAGCCCUGGAGCUUAAUUCAAAAUGUGUUGGAGCCCUUGUUGGCUUGGCGGUUUUAGAGCUCAACAACAAAGAGGCGGACUCCAUCAAGAACGGAGUGCAGCUCCUGUCACGAGCCUACACCAUCGACCCUAGUAACCCCAUGGUGCUUAACCACCUUGCCAACCACUUCUUCUUCAAAAAGGACUACAGUAAAGUGCAGCAUCUUGCCCUGCAUGCUUUCCACAACACAGAAGUCGAGGCCAUGCAGGCCGAGAGCUGUUAUCAGUUGGCACGCUCAUUUCAUGUGCAGGAGGACUAUGAUCAGGCUUUUCAGUACUACUACCAGGCAACUCAGUUCGCUUCAUCCACCUUUGUGCUUCCCUUCUUUGGUCUGGGACAGAUGUAUGUUUAUCGAAGAGACAAAGAAAAUGCAGCACAGUGCUUUGAAAAGGUUUUAAAGGCCUACCCCAACAACUAUGAAACUAUGAAAAUCCUGGGCUCUCUCUAUGCAACAUCUGAUGAUCAGGAAAAGAGAGACAUUGCAAAAGGCCACUUAAAGAAAGUAACAGAGCAGUACCCAGAUGAUGUGGAGGCGUGGAUCGAGCUGGCUCAGAUCCUGGAACAGACCGACAUUCAAGGAGCGCUUUCGGCUUACGGCACAGCCACCCGCAUCCUGCAGGAAAAGGUGCAGGCUGACGUUCCCCCUGAGAUCCUCAACAACCUGGGGGCUCUGCACUUCAGACUUGGCAACUCAGGGGAAGCAAAGAAAUAUUUUCUUGCAUCACUGGACCGAGCCAAAGCUGAGGGGGAGCAUGACGAGCAUUACUACAAUGCCAUUUCUGUCACCACCUCCUACAAUCUGGCUCGUUUGUACGAGGCUAUGUGUGAAUUCCACGAAGCUGAGAAACUCUACAAAAACAUCCUGAGAGAGCAUCCGAACUAUGUGGACUGUUAUUUGCGUCUUGGAGCAAUGGCUCGUGACAAAGGAAACUUCUAUGAAGCAUCUGAUUGGUUCAAAGAAGCCCUGCAGAUUAACCAGGAUCAUCCAGAUGCCUGGUCGCUGAUCGGAAACCUUCACUUAGCCAAACAGGAAUGGGGGCCAGGACAAAAGAAAUUUGAGCGUAUUCUCAAACAGCCAUCCACACAGAACGACACCUACUCGAUGCUGGCUCUGGGUAACGUUUGGCUACAGACUCUGCACCAGCCCACCAGAGACCGGGAAAAGGAAAAGAGACAUCAGGAUCGAGCUCUGGCGAUAUACAAACAAGUCCUGCGAAAUGAUGCCAAGAACCUCUAUGCUGCAAAUGGCAUUGGUGCCGUACUCGCUCAUAAGGGUUAUUUCCGAGAGGGGCGUGAUGUGUUUGCACAGGUGAGGGAGGCCACGGCGGACAUCAGUGACGUUUGGCUUAACCUGGCUCACAUCUACGUUGAACAGAAGCAGUACAUCAGCGCUGUGCAGAUGUAUGAGAACUGCCUGAAGAAAUUUUACAAGUACCAGAACACAGAGGUACUGCUGUACCUCGCAAGAUCUCUCUUCAAAUGCGGGAAGCUGCAAGAGUGCAAACAGAUGCUGCUGAAGGCCCGGCACGUGGCACCCAGUGACACGGUGCUGAUGUUCAACGUGGCCCUGGUGCUUCAGAGGUUGGCCACUCUUGUGCUGAAAGAUGAGAAGAGCAACUUGAAGGCUGUGCUAAGUGCUGUCAAAGAGCUUGAACUGGCUCACAGGUAUUUCAGUUACCUCAGCAAGGCUGGAGACAAGAUGAGGUUCGACCUCGCUCUUGCUGCGUCUGAGGCCAGGCAGUGUUCUGAUCUGCUGAGUCAGGCUCAGUACCAUGUGGCCAGAGCCAGAAAGCAGGAUGAGGAGGAGAAGGAGCUUCGUGCCAAACAGGAGCAAGAGAGGGACUUGCUGCGCCAGCAGAUGAUGAAAGAACAGGAGGAAAAGCGAAACCGUGAAGCAGAGGAACAAAAGAAGCUCCUGGAGCAGAGAGCCUUGUUUGUGGAGAAAACCAAGAACCUGCUCACCUUUGCAGAUGGGCUGAAGGAAGUGUCCAAAGAAAAGAAGAAAGGUGGAGGAGGACGUCGUAAGAAAGGAGCUGAUGUGGAUGAUUUUGUUAAUGACGACUCUGAUGAGGACCUACCACUGAAGAAGAAAAAGAGAAAGGGCAGCGGCAGCGAACAGGAUGAAGCCGAGGAUGGAGAAAAGAAGAAAAAGAAGAGGAGGAGACCUGCUAAAGGAGAUGACAGUGAUGAUGAGGAAGGAUCAUCUCAACCUAAGAGGCAGCGCAGACCAAAAGAAGGACGCAAGAAGAUUGAAAAGCCCCAGCCUGAGCGUCUGCCACCAUCUCUUAAAGGAAAGAUCAAAUCUAAGGCCAUCAUCUCCUCUUCUGAGUCCUCCUCAGAUGAGGAUGGACUGAAAAUAGCUGAAGACAGACAACGAGACAGUGGCUCAGGAUCUGAUGACGAGGGUGGCCACAGAAAACGCAUUGCGUCUGACAGUGACUCAGAUGGCGGAAGGAACCGCUCUGGCAGCGAGGCGGCAAGCCCCCAGCGCUCUGCUGGCUCGGAUGACGAGGAGUCAGGCAGCGACCGUCCGGUUAAGAGGCGGGUGCAACGGCAGUCCGACUCAGAACAGUCAGACAAUGAGAGCAAGAGGAGUCAGUCGGGAUCAGAUGAGUCGAGACCCGGUUCACCUGCAGCAGCAUCAGACAGAGGAUCUGAAGCUGGAUCAGACGAGGGCUCACCACGCCGCUCUGACAAUGCUUCAGAGCAGGAGGGGUCCAACAACGAUGACAGCGAUUGAAUCAUGAAAUCACUUGAAUGAUGCCGGAAAACUUUUAUUUACCAUCAAGAUAUGGAUUUCAGUCUUUCCAAUGAGUUAAAAUUAGGUUUUUUUUUUUUUUUGGAACAUUGUCUUAUAAGAACUUAAGUUUUGUAAAAGAAAAUGGGUUGAAAUGCCACAAGUAAAAUUUCUUUUUGUCAGACGGUGAAAUAACCCAGAGAUGUUAAGACAAUUAAAAAUUACCAACAUUCUGCUUUGUCUCACCUUUUUCAAAAGUCUUAAAUUUGAAAAAUUCCUGACAAGAUUUAAUAUUAAAACCAAACUAUCUCAAACCAGGGAACUGUGGCAAAAAUGACACCUUCUUAUAGAACAUUUUUCUUCUAAAUGCAUCAAUUUUCAUUUAAUAAAAUGAGAGAAGAAACA